UCUCGCGUGCGUUCUCUCACCUAAGAGGCGGCGUCGGAGGAGGCUCGACCACGGUGCUCUUCUUCGUCUGCCUGCAGCGUAGCCCCGAACUCCCCCGGAGGACGGCUUGGAUGGCGUGCUUGGUGCCGCAGUUCAAGCCCCCUUCCUCCGACUCCCUCGCCAGGCCCUCCCUCCCCUCCCUCCACCCAAGGGCCAGAGAAUUUGUUUGUUUCCGCAGUCGGUGUGUUUUAUCCCCUACAACUGCUGUAAUUGAUUUUGAGCAGAUACCUAAGUUGGAAGCUCAUUCAACCUCUUCAUCCACCUGUGCCAUUAGACCAUUAACAUAUUCUGGAUCUGUUGGUCCACCCAUCAAGACUAGCAUUGAAGCAACCUUGGCUUCGGAAACACUUCUUCAAUGUGAUGAGGCAGUAAUAGCAGCUGCUGCUGCUGAAGCAGUUGCUCUUGCUAGAGCAGCGCUUGAACUUGCAAAAGAUGCAGCUCAGAUGAUAGGGAAGAACCUGUCAGCAGAAGUUGAGAAGCUGGAAGAGACUCCAUCAGAAGCUGACAUCAAGUGGCUUGAGAGGGUUAGCCUUACUGAAACAGAAUGGGCUGGCUUUACCAACCAUCCUGCUGCAACAGAAACUAUACCGUUUGAAUAUAAUGUUUCCCUAGAUCAAUAUGCAAGUACAGAUAUAUCCAGUUCAACAUUUGAUGAACCUGAAUUCCAAGGGAUGCAACAUAUUGAAAACAUCGCUGUGAGAUCUGGGCGCCAAAUUGAGAGAAGAGCUAGAAGAGCAAGAGCAGCAGACAAGGCUACUGCUGGUGUUAUUUCUUUAAAGUCUGGUUCCUCUGGAAAGAAAAAGCGUUCUGCUUUUCAGGAGAUUGACUAUUCAGAUCCCUUGCGUUACUUGAGGGGAACAACAAGUACAUCAAAGCUUCUCACAGCAGCCGAAGAAAUAGAAUUGUCAGAGGGAAUUCAGAGUCUACUAAAGCUAGAAAGGCUACAACAGGACCUUGCAGAGCGAAAUGGUUGUCAACCAACCUUUGCCCAAUGGGCUGCAGCUGCUGGAAUUGAUCAGAAGACUCUGAGGAAGCGCAUAAACCAUGGCACAUAUUGCAAGGAUAAAAUGAUUAAAAGUAACAUACGACUAGUUAUAUCAAUAGCAAAAAACUAUCAGGGUGCAGGAAUCAACCUUCAGGAUCUUGUUCAGGAAGGAUGCAGAGGCCUGGUAAAGGGUGCUGAAAAAUUUGAUGCUUCUAAAGGCUUUAAGUUUUCAACAUAUGCACAUUGGUGGAUCAAACAGGCUGUUCGUAAGUCUCUUUCAGAACAAUCCAGGACUAUUAGAUUGCCUUUUCAUAUGGUUGAGGCAACUUACCGAGUCAGAGAGGCCAAAAAGAAACUGUACAGUGAGAACGGAAGGCAUCCUGACAAUGAAGAAGUUGCAGAAGCAGCUGGGUUAUCAAUGAAGAGGCUUGCUGCUGUGAUGCUGACCCCUAAAGCUCCAAGAUCUCUGGAUCAGAAGAUCGGAAUCAAUCAGAGCCUGAAAGCUUCAGAAGUCAUUGCUGAUCCUGCUGCCAAGACAUCAGAAGACAUACUCAUGAAGCAAUUCAUGAGGGAGGAUCUGAACAAGGUGCUGGAUACCUUAAAUCUGAGGGAGAAGCAGGUCGUGAGAUGGAGAUUUGGGCUUGAUGAUGGAAGGAUGAAGACGCUACAAGAGAUUGGAGAGUUGAUGGGAGUGAGCAGGGAGAGGAUUCGGCAGAUAGAGUCCUGUGCUUUUAGAAAACUGAAGAGCAAGAAGAGAACAAAGAAUUUGCGGCAAUAUAUAAUUUCGUAAGUUAUUUUAGAUCCCCCGAUGUCGCUGCACAUUCUUUUCCUCACAACCAAUCAUCAGAACUUGUAAUUCUCCCAUUCACAUUUUGUAUAUUUAAAAUUCAAUGUAGAGAACUGCAAUUAUCUAAC